AUGCCGGUUGCUGACGCAUUGCUUGACGAUGCGGCGAAGGAGAGAACUAGAUAUUUUACUAGAAAGAACAUCCGGGAUGAAUUCAACUCCUUAGUUCCACUAAAAUGUGGGCAGCGACUAGUAGCUCUUUUCCAGAAGUUCAUAUUUCCUUCCUAUCCAGUCAUCUCGCGAACACAGUUCGGCUUGACUGGGUCACGACAGUUACCUACUCAGCACGCCCUGUCUAGUACACCAGUACAUCUUCUCGCCGCCAUAUAUGCAUCUACACAGUCGUUCGCUAAAUUUGACGAGCAUCUUUGCGUACUCAGUGCCUACUCUCAGCCCCCGACAGAGCGACUCUGGCGACUUGUCUUGGAGCUGAUCCUUGAAGAGAUCCACACGCCACAUCUGGCCGUCCUUCGGGCCGGCUUGCUUUACUUACACAGGCCGAUCAAUGGACAGGAGAGUGCGAUUGCCGACAGCCCCUUCACCUGGUCGCUAGUUGGCCUACUUGUCGGGGUCUCGACAGCGCUUGGGCUACAGUUAGAAUGUCGACCCAUGGGUCUCCCUGCAUGGGGAAAACGACUACGAAGAAGACUAUGGUGGGCUCUUUAUACCGAGGAUAAAUGGCGCUCGUUGCUCUACGGUCGCCCGCCAUUCAUUCAGGCAGACGAAUGGGACGUUACGGAUCUCGAUGAAGCUGACUUCCGUCUUGAUCAACCUCGUAUUGAAAUCCUGCUUUCCACGAGCAACCAGAACCAAUCGGACGGUAUCCAGUUUCGGCAUUUUGCACGCUUGUCAAGAAUUGCUGCUGAGGUCCAGCAGGUUUUAUACUGGCUCCGCGCUGCCCAGCGCCUAUCGCCCAAUUUCCCCGAGUCCCUUUCGACAGCCCGCUCUCUACUUCGAAGCCUCAAGGGGUGGUACGCCAUGCUCCCGACUGAGCUGAAACUAUUAAGAAUUUAA